UUUUUCUAUGAAUGGUGGCCAUGGAGCUCACAGCUAUGUCAAAAACUCAUCCUAUCAAGUAUAAAUCUGGAGGAGUAUUGGCAGCUGCAAAGACAAUCAUCGAAGAAGAAAUCGCCACAAAAUUAGAUAUUUCAACUAUUAGCUUCUGCUGCAUCGCCGAUUUCGGGUGCUCAACCGGGAACAACUCUUUUCCGGCCAUGCACACGAUCAUCGAAGCCGUCAAACGGAAAUACGAAUCCUCAGACCUCAAAACCCCAGACUUCUACGUGUGGUUCAACGACGUCGUCUCCAACGAUUUCAACACCCUCUUCCGUUCCCUCCCACUUGACAGAAGCUACAAGGUAGCCGCGGUAGCAGGAGACUUCCACAGCCACCUUCUCCCGCCGUCGUCCAUCCACUUUGCAUACUCCUCUUGGGCGCUCCAGUGGCUGACAGAGGUACCCAAGCCGGCCGUAGGCCUCCACUCUCCGGCUUGGAAAGGGGGAAAGAGAUUGUAUGGUGUAAAGAGAGAGGAGGUUUAUGAAGCUUAUUUGGGGCAAUUUGAGAGAGAUUUGGAAGCAUUCUUGAAGUGUAGGGCUGUAGAAAUGGUGAAAGGUGGGAUUAUGGCUCUUCUAAUUCCUGCACUGCCUGCCUAUUGGGACCCACAAACAGAGUUCACUGUUGCUUCAGUGAUCGAACUUCUCAGAUCUUCCCUAGUCGACAUGGCCAAGGAGGGAAAAUUGAGUGAGACAAAGUUAGACGCAUUCAACUUUCCAUACUACAUUCCCACUCCAGAGGAGGUGUGGGCCAUAUUGCAAAAAAGCAAUAGCUUCAGCAUAGAAAGAAUGGAGAUUUUGAAGAGUGGUACAUUGCUCACUGUUGAUGGCCACGUGGCAUGUUUUAGGGCUGUUCAUCAAAAUAUGCUUACGCACGAGUUUGGGGCUGAAACCAUCGAUGAAUCGUUCGACAUGUUGAAGAAGAAACUCCAAACUUCACCGGUCUACGCAAAUCCUUCUAAUGAUAAAACUCUUGUUGUUGUUGCUAUCCUCAAGCUCAAUAAUGUUUAGUAUAACAAUCAAAUAAGGUGUUUCCAUGUAGGAAGAUAUAUUAUCUUUUCUAUGUUUCAUUUUUCAUUUUUUCCAUUCAUGGGUGGGAGUGUGUGUUUUUCUACUAGUAGCCUUUUCAUAAUAGUACUCCGUAUAGUCUAAUGAUUUUAUUUCACAAA